AUGCGUAAACAGCUCGCCUUUAAGACCACCACUCCAUGUUUCGUUCAUGCUAUGCACCAGACUUCUGUUAAACCCCCUACCAUAUGGAGCCAACAUGGGGUUAGAUGCUCUCACCAUGGCGCUGCCCAACAGCCCGAACGCCCAGCUCCUGCAACUGGAGGGCCGUCGGCAGCUCCUAGGUCAACGAGACCCUUUGCCACACUGAAUUCCUCGAUACCGUUUACAAACCCGACGACAGCUCCUCCAUUGUCUAUUUUGCCCUUGUCCACGAUACUGCGAUCUCUCUUCGUUACCACUAUCUCCUCCUCACCUCUUCUCUUCACGCCAUCUUUGGCUUUCCUGUCAGUCGUGGCAAACCCUGAGUCCACAUUUCUAAAUCCUGAUCGUAACCCUAUAAUAAAGCUGAUCAUGGGACAGACGUUGUACGCACAAUUCUGUGCAGGAGAGACACCAGCAGAGGCCAAAGUGAAUAUCCAAAAGUUGAAGCAGAUCGGAUAUUCUGGUGUCAUAUUGGGGUAUGCGCGGGAAGUCGUUAUGGAUGAGAACGAGACCCGUGCUCUUGCUCAAUUAACCGAUACAGAAGAAACAGCGGAAAGCAAGGCUCAAGCCAUUGCUGAUAUAACAGCUUGGAAGAAAGGAACCCUUGCCACAGUCGAUCUAGCAGAUGAUGGAGAUUUCGUUGCAUUGAAAUUCACAGGAGCCGGGAAAGGGUCGGUCCACCAGCUGUUGCGCAGAUCCGCACCAUCACCAGCCCUUAGAAAAGCGAUCAUCGAAAUUUGCGAGAGGGCUAAAGCUCGCAAUGUCAGGUUAUUGUUUGAUGCUGAACAGCAAGCAGUCCAACCAGCCAUUGACGAUUGGACUCUUGAAUUCCAGCGAAUAUAUAAUAAGGGACUGGACCAGCGAGCUGUGAUAUACGGGACAUAUCAGGCAUAUCUCCGUUCUACCCCGGCAACUCUCUCACAGCAUCUCGCCAUCGCGGAGGCGGAGGGAUUCGCACUGGGCGUCAAGCUCGUCCGGGGUGCAUAUCUAGGCAGCGAGCCGCGCCAUCUAAUCUGGGACACAAAGCAAGAAACCGACAAUACAUACGACGGCAUUGCCGAAUCGUUGAUUAAGCAACAAUACGGAGACGUUCUUAAACCCCAUAAUUAUCUGCCAUCAUCUGGGGGCACAAGGAUAACCAGCGCCCAGAGGAAAGAGCAGCAGUACCCUCAAUUCCCCAAAGUCGAUCUCCUCCUAGCCUCGCACAACCGCGUCUCUGUUGAACGAGCCAAGAAGCUUCGAGACGAACAGAAGCGCACCAGUGGGGCAAAUCAGAUCGAAAUGGCCUAUGGCCAGCUGUUCGGCAUGGCAGAUGACAUCAGCUGCCAGCUGGUGCAGGCGGGGAAGUGCGCUCGCGAACAGCAGGCGGAAGGGGUAAUGGUGGAUGUGGAGGCGCCAAAGAUAUGCAAGUACCUCGUGUGGGGCACAGUGGGCGAGUGUGCGCUGUAUUUGCUUCGGAGGGCGCAGGAGAAUCGAGAUGCAGCGUCCAGGACGGAGGACACUAGGAAGGCCAUGGCGAAGGAGCUGCGAAGGCGAUUGGUGGGUGGUUCUGAGGGGAAAAGUUAG